CGCCCACCACAUGCGCAUCAUGGAGAGUUGAGUUACGUUACAAGCAAGGCAUCACCAUAUUAUCACUCACCUCACCCCUCAUCCACAUCUCGCUCUCCGAAUCGAGUGAGACGUGAGGCCAUUUUCCGACCUGAAACCCCUCUUCAGGGAUCACACUCAAAUCUCCCUCAUCAUGACCCAGGGACUUCCCCAGCGGAGAGUGACGGGCGCAAACCGGGCGGGGAGGACCAACGCAGUCCCCAUCGCUGAAGACCUCGAAGAUGCCGACAUGGACGUUGCGCCCCCGGCUUAUGGCGAGCAUCAUGACCAGUUGCAGUUUUCCCAGGCUGGCUUCAACGCUGAUGCCGCUGUCACAAACGAGGGUCGUGUAAACAUCCACAUCAACGAAAAGAACCAUCGCCUCUCGGAGCUCCUAGCAUCCACCCUCGCAAAGCCGCUUGAGCCUGCCGGCCCCCUGCCACCAGCAUACAUCCCCCCGAGUCUGGGCGGUCAGCCUGGUCAAACGCCACCCCCUCGCCUAAACGUGGUAAUCCAAAUCGUCGGCUCACGAGGUGAUGUCCAGCCCUUCGUUGCCCUGGGUCAAGUCCUCCGGGACACGUAUGGACACCGUGUGCGUCUGGCCACCCACGCCAAUUUCCGCUCGUUUGUUGAGGAGAACGGGCUGGAGUUCUUCAACAUCGGCGGCGACCCGGCCCAGCUGAUGGCCUUCAUGGUCAAGAAUCCGGGCUUGAUGCCCGGCCUGGAUACCCUAAAGAGCGGCGACAUCAAGAAACGCCGUCUGGAGAUAGAGGAAAUCCUCAUGGGGUGCUGGCGCUCUUGCAUCGAGGCCGGCGACGGCAUGGGUGUCGCGCCCCCACAGCAUAAGAGGGACGAGCCCUUGGAUGAGCGCUUCGUCCUGCCCGGGGAUCCGGGACUUCGCCCGUUUGUAGCAGACGCUAUCAUUGCGAAUCCCCCGAGUUUUGCCCACAUUCAUCUUGCCGAGAAGUUGGGGGUUCCGCUGCAUAUGAUGUUUACGAUGCCCUGGUCGCCUACCAAAGCGUUCCCCCACCCCCUAGCCGACGUUGUCGCCGCUGAGACCGACACUGCCAUCACGAACUACGUUUCCUACGCCUUGGUCGAGAUGAUGACGUGGCAAGGACUCGGAGACGUGAUUAACCGGUUUAGAGUCAACGUCCUCGAGCUAGAAUAUCUUUCGUUAAUGUGGGCGCCCGGGCUCCUCAACCGCCUCCGCAUUCCCGCAACCUAUUGCUGGUCGCCUGCCUUGACACCCAAACCCGCCGACUGGGCGCCUGAAAUUAGCGUAUCCGGCUUCUACUUCCUCAACCUCGAAUCAAACUACACCCCGGACCCGGAACUCGCCGCCUUUCUCGCUGCCGGGCCGCCACCCGUGUAUAUCGGCUUCGGGUCCAUCGUCGUCGACGACCCGGACGGCCUCACUCAAACCAUCUUUCAAGCCGUCAUCAAAUCCGGCGUAAGGGCCAUCGUAUCAAAGGGUUGGGGUGGGAUAGGCGGUGACGCAGCCGGUGUUCCCGAGGGCAUCUUCAUGCUCGGCAACUGCCCACACGACUGGCUAUUCAAGCAUGUGUCGGCCGUCGUCCACCACGGCGGCGCGGGGACCACUGCUGCGGGCAUUCUGGCCGGCCGGCCGACGGUUGUGGUGCCGUUCUUUGGCGACCAGAUAUUUUGGGGCUCUAUGGUUGCAAAAGCCGGCGCCGGGCCAGCGCCUAUUCCGUACAAAAAGUUGACGGCCGAAGGUCUGGCGGCUGCUAUUGGAUACGCGGUGAAGCCCGAAACCCAAGCCCGAGCGCGGGAGUUGGGCACGAAGAUCAAGCAAGAGAAGGGCGCGGAUGUUGGAGGCAAGAGCUUUCACCAGUUUCUAAACACUGAUAAUAUGAGGUGUUCGCUGGCCCCGAGCCGCGUGGCGGUCUGGCGAGUGAGGAGAUCCAAGAUCCGGCUGAGUACGCUGGCUGCUGCGGCGUUGGUGAAGCAGGGUGUGUUGAAGUACUCAGAUCUUAAGCUAUACCGCCCGGUUGAGUACAACACCGAGGAGCAACCCUGGGAUCCCAUCUCGGCCGUCAUCGCCGCAUUCGUCGGCGACGUUGGUGCCUUUACCAUGGCUGUGGCAGACUUCCCCCGGGAAGUUUUCAAGCAGGGGAAGAAGGGCAAGGGAAAGGCUGAUAUCAAGGACGAUUCGGCAAAAGCCGACGACGCAGCAUCGGGUUCCGAUUCCUCGUCGCACAAGCGCGCACUCUCCAACCCUGCCACACCCAGCAUCGCAUCUCCUUCGAUCGCUCAAGAUUCGGUCGAGUCGCUCUCGAUCCAACCCUCCGCCCUCACGCCGAGCACCGCCCUCUCCUCACACCCACUCGGAGCCUCACACUCACCCGGGCCCUCCAUCUCAGCCACACCUCCCAACCUCCCGCCGCGCUCACUCUCGACUCCCGAGCCCGGUUCCAGUACUACCCCUACCGGUUCCAACCCCGUCAACCUGGACGUCGCCAUCGCCGCGGGCAAGGGCGUCGGCCGCAUCGUGGGCGCCGGCAUGAAGUUCUACGCCAACACCUGCCUCGGCCUGGCGCGCGGCUUCCGCAACGCGCCCAAGCUUUACAACGACGACACGGUGCGCCCGCCCGAGAAGGUCACCGGCCUCGUCAGCGGCAUGCGUGUGGCCGGCAAGGAGUUCGGUUUCGGCCUCUACGAUGGCACCUCGGGGCUCUUCACGCAGCCGUGGAAGGGGGCCGAGAAAGAAGGUGGGAAGGGGUUCGUCAAGGGUGUCGGGAAGGGGAUUGGCGGGUUCUUCCUGAAGAAUGCGAGCGCCAUCUUUGCCAUCCCCGCGUAUACCGUCCAGGGGCUCCGCGCGGAAGUCAGGGGCAUGUUUGCGCGCAGCUCGACGAACUAUAUCAUCACCUCGCGGGUGCUCCAGGGAGAGGAGGACUGGGCCACGGCGACGACCGAGGAGAGGGGGGAUGUGGUCGCGCGGUGGCAGACCAUGAGGGACGAGCUGAAGGGCUUCUAUCUGCUGAAGCAACGGGAGACCGAGAAGGGGAAGGCGGUGGCCGUGGAUGAUGCUGGGGCAGAUCAGCAGCCGUUCGAGGGAAGCAGUGGGCUGCUCAACUUGCCUCGGGGACCGUGGAAUAGACGGCGGGCCGGCAGCACCGCCACCAGCAACUCGGCCACCACGACCACCACGGCUGCCGGUUCGAGCCCCUUCUUCCCCCCCACCACAGCCAGCUCCUCGUCGAGCAACUACACCUUUGAAGACAACGAGUCCAUCGAGCGAGCCAUCCAGCAGUCAGUCGUGCAGACCUCGACGGGCGACAGAGAGGAGGACGCGCGCGUCGAGGCAGCGGUUAGGGCGAGCGUGAUGGAGAUGCGCAAGGCUGCAGAGCAGCAGCAGCAACAACAACAGCAACAGCAACAACCAUCCCAGGGACCAGCCGGACAGACCCCGACGUUUAGCGGCUGGAUCGCCGACCAAAAGAUCAACCCGGCCGCCGCCGCCGCCGCCUCGGGCGCGGGUGCACUGACCGACGAGGAGUGGACCAACAUCUCGGACGAGGAGUACCAGGCCCUGAUCGAGGAGGCCGUGCGGCAGAGCAUGCAGCAGCACGAGACGGAGCAGGCCUGGAAAUACCGGUUCGCCGAAGGCAGCGGCAAAGGCAGCGGCAGCCGCAGCGGAUCCCAAACCCAACCCCAACCCCAAACGGCGGGGCAGACCCAGUUCGACGCCCCCAUAGCGGCCGAACUGCCGGGCUACAUCCCCUUCUUCCCUCCCGCCACCGGCACCACCACCGGCACCACCACCACCGCCACCCGCCUAAGCAACGAAGCGGAAAGGGCGCCGACCGGUGACAACGGCAACGGCAACGACGACGACGACGACGACGAAGAGCAGCUACGCCUGGCGAUGGAGGAGUCGGAACGCGAGCACCGCAGCCGCGAGGAGGAGGCCCAGCGGCAGCGCACCGAGGAGGAGAUCGUGCUCGAGUAUGUCAAGCGCCAGAGCCUGGCCGAGGCCGAGUACAGGCGGUCGAGGACGGGGACGGGGACGGGGAUGGGGGUGGGGGCCGGAACAGGGUUGUUGGGGCUGUCAGAGAAGGGGAAGGGCGCUGUGGUUGGGGCGGAGGAGGGGGUGGAUGAGGUGGAGGAGAACGAUGAGGAGUUGAUCAGAGCGAUUGAGGAGAGUUUGAGGAUGAGUGGGGAUGGGGAUGGGGCGGGGCCGUCGAGGUCGGGGGUGUAG